AUGGAGCUGAUCAGAGAGGUUGUUGGGUUAGUUCGGCAGCAGAGGGGACCACAUCAGCUAUUUCCCUCUGCUAGUUCUUCAGAUCAGGGGAGGAGUAUAACAGAGUUCAGGAAGUUGGCUCCUCCGGCCUUCAAGGGAACUACCGAUCCCCAAGAGGCCGAAUGUUGGAUAGAUGAGAUGGAGAAGGCCUUCAGGGCCAUGGGUUGUACUGAGGAGGAGAAGAUCAGAUUUGCCACCUAUAUGCUUCAGGAUCGGGCUCAUCAUUGGUGGGAGUCUAUGGAGAGGACCAUGAUGCAGGAUGCAGGAUCUGUGACCUGGCCGGGAUUUCGCAUGGCCUUCUACUCCAAGUAUUUCCCUUCCAGUCGUAUCAGGGAGCUGGAGAGGGAGUUUCUGAGCCUCUCUCAGGGGAGUAUGACUGUGGAGGACUAUGAGGCUGAGUUCUAUCGGUUGUCCCGUUUUGCACCAUCUCUUGUCCAAGACCCUAAAUCUAGGAUGAGUAGAUUUGAGGAAGGACUAAGGCCUCGCCUGCGUCAGGUUUAG